UGAGGAGCUGCCUCGCGCAGGGGGUGUGCGAGGGCUGAGUCCAAGGGAGAGUGAGCAAAUCGAGGUUUGAAUAAUUCGAGGAGAAAGACGCCCGGGUGGAUUUGAGGUGCAGCCUUGAAGGGAGGGAUUAGGAGCCGCUGGACUUUUUUUUUUUUUUUUUCUUCUUUCCCUCCCCUCCUUAGUAGCAGGGAGUCCGAAUUAAUUGGAUUUCAUUCACUGGGGAGGAACAAAACUGUCUGGGCAGCUUCAUUCAAAGAGAUUCAUUGACACCAAGAGCGAGCGGCUGCAGCCGGGAGCAGAGGGAACAGCCGGCUUCACUUCUGUCUCGCUUUCCCCAACCGCUAACCCGGUCUGGGAAGGGCAAGGUGGAAUUAAACCCCCGCUCGCAGAGCGGCAGCUUCGCGCGGCGCGCUCGGCCUAUGCCUGCCCCGAGGGGCGUCUGGUAGGCACCCGCCCUCUCCGGUAGCUCGACCCCCAUGAUAGAUACGCUCAGACCCGUGCCCUUCGCGUCGGAAAUGGCGAUCAGCAAGACCGUGGCGUGGCUCAACGAGCAGUUGGAGCUGGGCAACGAGCGGCUGCUGCUGAUGGACUGCCGGCCGCAGGAGCUGUAUGAGUCGUCGCACAUCGAGUCGGCCAUCAACGUGGCCAUCCCGGGCAUCAUGCUGCGGCGCCUGCAAAAGGGCAACCUGCCCGUGCGCGCGCUCUUCACGCGUGGCGAGGACCGCGACCGCUUCACCCGGCGCUGCGGCACCGAUACGGUAGUACUCUACGACGAGAGUAGCAGCGACUGGAACGAGAACACUGGCGGCGAGUCGGUGCUUGGAUUGCUGCUCAAGAAGCUCAAGGACGAGGGCUGCCGGGCGUUCUACCUGGAAGGUGGCUUCAGUAAGUUCCAAGCCGAGUUCGCCCUGCACUGCGAGACCAAUCUAGACGGCUCGUGUAGCAGCAGCUCGCCACCGUUGCCAGUGCUGGGGCUCGGGGGCCUGCGGAUCAGCUCCGACUCCUCCUCGGAUAUUGAGUCUGACCUUGACCGAGACCCCAAUAGUGCAACGGACUCGGAUGGCAGCCCGCUGUCCAACAGCCAGCCUUCCUUCCCCGUGGAGAUCUUGCCCUUCCUCUAUUUGGGCUGUGCCAAGGACUCCACCAACCUGGACGUGUUGGAGGAGUUCGGCAUCAAGUACAUCUUGAACGUCACCCCCAAUUUGCCGAAUCUCUUUGAGAACGCAGGAGAGUUUAAAUACAAGCAGAUCCCCAUCUCGGAUCACUGGAGUCAAAACCUGUCCCAGUUUUUCCCUGAGGCCAUUUCUUUCAUAGAUGAAGCCCGGGGCAAAAACUGUGGUGUCUUGGUGCAUUGCUUGGCCGGCAUUAGCCGCUCGGUCACUGUCACUGUGGCUUAUCUCAUGCAGAAGCUCAACCUGUCAAUGAACGAUGCUUAUGACAUUGUCAAGAUGAAGAAAUCCAACAUCUCCCCCAACUUCAACUUCAUGGGCCAGCUGCUGGACUUCGAGAGGACGCUUGGACUCAGCAGCCCCUGUGACAAUCGGGUCCCUGCGCAGCCGCUCUAUUUCACCACCCCCUCCAACCAGAAUGUCUACCAGGUGGACUCCCUGCAGUCCACGUGAAAGGCCCCACAUCCCCUUGGUGGGAUGUGUCCGUUCCUUUAGCCGUUUCUCUUGGCAGCAUCAGCUGGGCUGCUUUCUUUGUAUGUGGCCCCAGGGGUCAAAACGACUCCAGUUGUCUGUAUUAGACAAGGUUCCCACAUGUGGAAUUGGUUAUUAUGAUGGGAGAGAUUUGCUCCGCUCUUGUUGGAAGACCAGAACAUGCUAUGUAGAUCCAGGCCGUAGGUUUGCUCCAUUCCUACGUGUACAGCCUACCCAUGCAGGGACUGGAAUUUGAGGGUUUCCAGGUAUAUAGGGUAGGACCAAAUGGUAGGGGUAGGAGCGUGUGUUCUUUAGGGCCUUGUGUGACUGUUUCCUUCUGCAUCUGGAACUGACUCUACAUUGUCUUCAGUGAAGACUGAUUCAAUAUUGCAUAUAGAGGAGCCAAAGAGAGGUUUCAGCUCUGUAUUUGUAGUAUCAGUUUGCAAAAAAUAAAAAAUACAAAACAAAAA